AUGCAGAGCGGACGACAGAGCGGAGAUACACAAGAGUAUACAAUAUUCAUACUACAUGGGCCAAACGGAGAUGCAGAGCGGACGGCAGAGCAGAGCACGAGUAGGCAGAGCGGACGGCCAAGCAGAGCGGACGGCAAAUGUAGAGCAGAGCACGAGGAGGCAGAGCGGACGCCCAAGCGGAGAUGCAAGCCGGCUCCGUGGCAGGGGUGGCCGGCCGGUGGACACGAGCAGAGUAGCAGCCCAGCGGAGGUCGAGAAGAUUCAUGCGGCCACUGUUUACUUGUUCCUGCUAUCAACCGGGGGUGCCAAGAGAUCAAGAAAAAGGAAAAGGAAGCAGACAAAGCUAGCGCUCAGGAGCUUCUUCAAUCUUCACCUUCCUGCUAACGGCAUGUUGCCAGAUUUGCCAUCCGCCUCCAUAUUGCAGCUGACUGUUCCUGGUGAUGUGGGCAAAAACUCUUCCCCCAACUUUGAAGAUGAUGAUGGAGAUUUCAGGCUGACGAGGAAUCUGAACAAAUUGCGGCAACAGAUUUGGAGGUCAGGUAAUAACCAAACUCUGUCAAUUGAACUUGUGCCAAGGGUUGGCAUGGCCUUUACUUCAGAGGAAGAUGCAUAUAGGUUUUAUAAUGCAUAUGCUAGAAAAGUUGGAUUCAGUAUAGAGAAGUGCCACACAAAACAAAGAGCAGAUGGCACAUUAUCUUCAAAGUACUUUGUUUGCAGCAAUGAAGGUGGAGCUGAGAAUGUGCAUUUCUUGAAGAUGGAUUGCAAUAACUUCAUUGGUCGUGAGCGUAAAAGAUACUUGGAAGCCCAAGAUGCACAAACAAUAUUGGAAUAUUUAGAGAAUAAGCAAGUUGAAGAUCCUUCUUUCUAUUAUGCUGUUCAAUUGGACAAAGAGGAUGGUCGAAUAUGUAACUUGAAUGAAAAAGAAGCACCACAAUGUUUUCUCAUGUGUUCCCAAGAGGUCGCCGAGGAGCGCAUAUCAUUUAAAGUACCUCCACAUAAAAAAGGUCCGACACUUAAAGAUCAAAAAGUGUACUUGAAGGAGGAAAUAAAAAUCCUUCGACAAACAAAAAAGAAGGAAAGGAAAAUGCUCCUAGAACUAAAAAGAAGAAAGGAAGAGCACCGGAAGCAGCAGCAGGCCGGCGCCCGGCCCGGCCGCUGCCAUAUCCAUCCGCAAGGCGCUGGGAGGACCCGCUACUACGUCAUCGCCGCCAAGUGCCUCGCACUCCUGCACCACCUCGCCGCCACCGACGCCGACCCCGACCCUGCCGAGGACGCCGACGGAGAGGGCCGCACGCGGUUCCUCCACGAGCCGCUCUGCCGCACCCUCACUGACUGUCGCGUGGGGGAGCCCGUGCUCGCGCUGCUCCUCGACUUACGCGAUGAGGUGCACACGGCAUCGUGGGACCACUCCGCCUUCGUCCACGCCUACACCACCUACCUCCUCGACCGUGUCUGCUUCCUCGUCCUGCUCCUCCCCGCGCCGCGCUUCGCCGACGACCGUGUCAGGGGACCACCGCACACGGCGGCGGCGGCGGCCGACUUGGACAUGGAGGCGCUCCUGGGCUGCGUGCGCCACCUGCGGCACCUGCUAGACCGCCUCCUCGCGUGCCGCCCCAUGGGCUCCGCCGGGGCCAGCCGCGUCGUGCGCGCCGUGCUCCACCCGCUGCUCAGCGAUAGCUUCAGAGUCUAUGAGGACGUCGUGCUCGUCCUUGCGCUCCUCCUCGAUCGCUUCUUUGACAUGGACUACCCUGAGUGCGCCAAGGCCUUCGAGACCUACGUCGGCACCGCCAAGCAGAUCGACGCGCUCCACGCCUUCUACGCCUGGUGCGACGACGCCGGCGUCGUGUGCUCGUCCGACAUCGCCGACGUCAGGCGCGUCGACGACAAGCUCCUCGAGACCAUGGAGCAGUUCCUGAGGCAGCGCGGCCGGGCGGGACGCGCCUCGCCGCCACGAUCGGCGCGCGAGUCUGCUGUCGAAGAUGCUGCACUGGACAAUCUAUCUCAGAUGCUACAUGAUGGAAAAUACAGCAUUGUCAUAUCAUCAUAUUACAAAACAAGCAUUGGUUAA